AUGGAGGUUUUCUACUACUUGGUGUUCGGAGUCAUGGCAGCCGUCGUGGCGGUUCUGGAGCUGAGCAAGACGAAUAAGGAUCGGAUCAAUACUUCAUCUGCCUUCAAUUCCUUCAAGAACAAUUACCUCCUCAUUUUCUCUCUUAUGAUGGCUGGAGACUGGCUCCAAGGUCCUUAUGUGUAUUAUCUUUACAGUACUUAUGGAUUCGGGAAAGGAGAUAUUGGGCAGCUGUUCAUUGCUGGUUUUGGUUCGUCGAUGUUGUUUGGAACCAUUGUUGGAUCUCUGGCUGAUAAACAGGGACGAAAGAGAGCAUGUGUGACAUACUGCAUAACUUACAUUCUGAGCUGUGUCACCAAGCAUUCUCCACAGUACAGAGUUUUGAUGGUUGGCCGUAUCCUGGGUGGGGUUUCUACGUCUCUACUGUUUUCAGCGUUCGAGUCGUGGCUCAUUGCUGAGCACAACAAGAGGAACUUUGAGCAACAAUGGCUGUCACUGACAUUCUCUAAGGCUGUUUUUCUUGGGAAUGGUCUGGUGGCUAUACUCUCUGGAUUGUUUGGUAAUCUUCUUGUUGACACUUUUUCACUUGGUCCUGUUGCACCGUUUGAUGCGGCUGGGUGCUUUCUUGCAAUUGGAAUGGCCAUCAUAUUGGCUACAUGGUCUGAGAAUUACGGAGAUCCAUCUGACAGUAAAGAUUUGCUCACACAGUUCAAGGUUGCUUCCAUAGCAAUUGCUUCAGAUGAAAAAAUUGCGUUGCUUGGAGCAAUCCAAUCUCUGUUUGAAGGGUCAAUGUACACAUUUGUAUUCCUCUGGACACCAGCUCUCAGCCCAAACGACGAAGAGAUCCCACAUGGCUUCAUAUUCGCAACUUUCAUGCUGGCUUCCAUGCUAGGAAGCUCCUUGGCUGCUCGUCUCAUGGCUCGCUCAACUCCUAGAGUUGAAAGCUACAUGCAAGUCGUCUUCGUAGUCUCAGCUGCUUCUCUUCUAUUCCCAAUCAUAACAAGCCUCUUAGUAACCCCGUCAAAGGUGAAGACCGAAGGAAUGUCCCUCACUGGUUGCAUUCAGCUUCUUGGAUUCUGUGUUUUCGAGGCGUGCGUUGGAAUCUUCUGGCCUUCAAUCAUGAAGAUGAGAUCACAGUACAUUCCUGAAGAAGCGAGAAGUACCAUCAUGAACUUCUUCCGUAUUCCACUCAACAUUUUCGUCUGCGUCGUCUUGUACAACGUAAACGCGUUCCCCAUCACAAUUAUGUUUGGGAUGUGCUCUAUCUUCCUCUUUGUAGCUUCAAUAUUACAACGGAGGCUUAUGGUUAUCUCUGACAAGCCAAAAGCAGAGGAUUGGAUUCCCAUGAAGGAUCGAAACUCAGAAACAGAGCCACUCAAUCUCUAA